CCGCUGCCACUUACGCGUCGCUCUUCCUCGUUUGCCCCUCGUGUUCAUGGGAGCUCGUUUUCUUUCCCUCUAGGCAGAGAAGACGCGAUGGCGGCGAUGGCAUCUCUCGGCGCCCUGGCGCUGCUCCUGCUGUCCAGCCUCUCCCGCUGCUCAGGGAUCUGCCUCCUGUGGUCCAGACCCAGAGCCUUCUCUGACGUCCUCUGCUGAAGCCAUCGUUCUGCCAGGGCACCACAUUUGGACAGCGGGUGGCUGAGAACGUUCCCACUUUGGGGAGCCUUUGUUUCACACCCUCUGAUGAAACGCUGGGGCCAGUCUUCACCUUCUGUCAACUGGCCGGGGGCAGAGACCCUUUCUCUCAUCUUGAAAGCCGCAGUGCAUUGCCUGCCUGCAGCCCCCACCCCCGAUGUCUCUGCUGAGGAUGCCUUCAGUAACUCGUCCAGGCCGUUUGUGGCUCUGAAUUGAGGCUGGCCUGGCCCCCGGGCCUCCGUGUCAUAGGUCCAAGUGUUGGCAUGUAUUGUCCAGUGAAUCCAGCCCCCACCUGCCCCCAGUUCGCUCUUCCUGCACACCUCCAGAAAGCCGGCCUUGCCCCUCCCCAGCCUUCCUUCACAGCCAUCCCGCCUACGUUGCCACUGCAUUUGUGACCGAGCACUUGGAUCUGUCUCGCAUAUCCCACCUGGAAGGGGCAGGAGGAUCGCCCGAGGCCUGCCUGGAGCCCCAGAUCACCCCUUCCUACUACACCACUUCUGACGCUGUCAUUUCCACUGAGACCGUCUUCAUUGUGGAGAUCUCCCUGACAUGCAAGAACAGGGUCCAGAGGGAGAAUCAAGAUUCCAACUCUUGGGGUGCCGGAGAGAUCGGGGCACGGUGAUGCCAGAUCCUAGCCAGUGUUGACAGGUCACCUUCCUCACCUGCUUUGUGUGCUGUGCCUACACGAGCUGGAGUGCAUUGGCACGAUCUUGGCUCACUGCAGCCUCCACCUCCCGGGUUCAAGCGAUUCUCCUCUCAGUCUUCUAAGUAGCUGGGAUGACAAGUGCUCGCCACCAUGCCCAGCUAAACUCAGAAAAUCACUCGGCCCUUUUGAUCAUCCCGCCCCUGCUCACAGUCAACAGGGUUCCUAUGCGUCCAGUUAGGCCCGGCCAUGGGGAUCUGGCCUUGUGCCCCCGUAGGGAAGACCAAUGCAGAGGGCCAGUCACGGGAUUGAACAUGGCUCUCUAUGCUGACGUCGGUGGAAAACAAUUCCCUGUCACUCGAGGCCAGGAUGUGGGGCGUUAUCAGGUGUCCUGGAGCCUGGACCACAAGAGCGCCCAUGCAGGCACCUAUGAGGUUAGAUUCUUCGACGAGGAGUCCUACAGCCUCCUCAGGAAGGCUCAGAGGAAUAACGAGGACAUUUCCAUCAUCCCGCCUCUGUUUACAGUCAGCGUGGACCAUCGGGGCACUUGGAACGGGCCCUGGGUGUCCACUGAGGUGCUGGCUGCGGCGAUCGGCCUUGUGAUCUACUACUUGGCCUUCAGUGCGAAGAGCCACAUCCAGGCCUGACGGCGGCACCCCAGCCCUGCCCUUGCUUCCUUCAAUAAACAUCACAGGACCUGGGACUGCACAGGA